GUGAACCACAGACGGGAAAUGAAUCGCAAGCUGCAGGAGAAUAGGUUGUCAGCAUCCAGAGCUCCGAGGUCUGACUCAUUAAAGCGUCCUUGCGUCUCUCUCACCUCCAGGAUGGAGGGGCUGCUGCGGCUGAGUCUACCCGGAGCUUGAGGAGCCUUCCUGGGCUUCGUCUGCGUCAUCCUCCCCCUGUCUCUCUUUGCCCUGGUCCCCCUAUACUCAUCCAUCACUCGACCUCUGCAGUACAAGAGAGCAUCCGGACCCACACGACACCUUCCACCUAAUCCCCCACACUGAAUCGCCAGGGCAACCAUGGACGGACUACGCCUGCCACCGGUCAUCGAGGAGGUCAUGGACCCUGCAGGUCUGUUGGAAGAUGAGCGUCUGGCCAGUGCUCACCAGGCAGAGAGCUUUACCAGACAGAUCCAGAGACUGCAAGCUCAGCUGCAUUCCGUCCAGGAGGAGAUGGACUCUCUGGAGGAGGAGAAGGAGAGUGAGCUGGGGGAGGUGCAGGAGGAGCUGAGGUCUGCCCAGGAGGAGGUGCUGGUGCUGCAGCAGGCGGGGGAGGAGGCAGCAGCGGAGAGGGAGAACGACAUCGCCUCCCUGCAGGAGGAGCUGUGUCGUCUGAGGGCCGAGCUGCAGCGUCUCCGCACCACGGCCCAAGAGUACGAGCUGGAGAUCACCACCCUGCGGGCCGAAAUCAGUAUGAAGAGCAUGAGGAGGGAGGGAGAGACUGACGGUGAGGUAACCCAGCUGACGGCGGAGUGUCAUACCAUUUCAGACGAGUGUCAGACCCUGAAGGACGAAAACAAACAGCUGAGCCUCAAACUGCAGCAGCUACAGCGAGCCGGCUCCAAUGAUGUCUACCUGACCUUGAGAGGGGAGGGGGACGAGGACCAGAAGGAUGAGGGCGUUGGGCAGGAUGAGGAAUCAGUGAAGGCUGGAGGCUACAUGACCCUGUCUCAGACCCAGGGUGGGCAGACCCAGGGUGGGCAGACCCAGACUGGGCAAGGUGGGCGCUUGGUGGAUGCCUCCAUCCAGAAGAACAUCUCGUUCGAUGGCAAGCCCAUCACCAACUGGAACGGGGGACCCUCUGAAGUCUUCUCCCUACGAGACCAGCUCAAACUGGCUGAGGAGAGGGCCUCGCAAGUACAGAGACAAUGUGAGGGGUUGAAGGGGGAGCUUGCGGAACUGCAGGGGCUGUUUGACUGCAGCCAGAAGGAGAGGGUUGAGCUGGAGCAGGAACUGCAUCACUGCAGGGUGGAGCUAGAGAGGCUGGGCGGCAGGAAGUCACAGGAGAGCGAGGGAGGCUGGAACCUGGUGGCGGUGGUUGCCGUGGCAGCGCUUGUAGUCCUGAUAGUCCCCAGCCUUUCUAAAGCGUUUACCUGAGGUCUACACAGAAAGGAAGUCACUGUACAGGAAAUGACUUUGCCGGUUGCCCAUGGCAACAUUGGCAAUGCCAUGCCCCUAUCUCAUGAUGCCCCUGUCAAAUCUCCUCCUCGCUUCAUCUUCCAAGGAGGACUACAUCGAAAACGGACAUUUUCACCAGGAAAUACAACACAACAAGGAAGUAGUCCCAUACAUUACUCAAGGAGAAAUACAUAUACCUGUUUAAGCCACUCUAACGAUAAGGACUGCAAUAUCUUAUUUCUCUCUUUAAAGUCCUUCAGUUUGACUCAAUCGGUUUCCCUCUCUACUACUCCUCUCUCUGCGCUUCUUUAGAUAAACUUACGAGUUUAAGGGAACAGCAUAAUAUAACAGGGACUGCCUCUGAGUUUGUGGCAGUACUGUGUCUGCGUGGGUGUCAAUUGAAAGACACAGUUUAGCACAGAACAUGUCUGAGCAUUUAUUGAUUGGUUGAUGGUUUGUUGUUUGAUUGGUUGAUGGUUGAUUGGUUUAUUGUUUGAUUGGUUGAUGCUUGAUUGGUUUAUUUACAACCUGUAAAGGUUGAGUUGGGAAAAGCUCAUGCCUUAUUGUUUUCCUUGCACAUAUCGAGUCACUGAUGAGAUGUUUCUCUUUCUAAUGGGCACGUGAUCUUUUCCCAGAUCCUACCCCUCCUUUUGAAUCACUUUGAACAUUGCAAAUGCGAUUGUCUCUGCUACACUUUACGUGUCUUUACGGCUCACAAUUUACUAUUUUAACACUUUUCCUUCUGUUUCUUUUGUGGCAUGCUCUUUUUACGCUUAAAUUAAGUUGUGUGGAGGAGGGUUUGAUUAUAUGAGUUUGAUGUAUUGGAUGUUUGUCUCCUUUGUAAAUGGUUAUUUCUCUCUCUCGUCUGCAUCUCUCUCUCUCUCUCUCUCUCUCUCUCUCUCUCUCUCUCUCUCUCUCUCUCUCUCUCUCUCGUCUCUCUCUCUGCACUUUCUCCUAAUUGAUUAUUGGUUAUAUCUGUAGUUGUAUGGAAAC